AUGGCGACUACAGUAGAUUAUUUGCUUAUUGGCAACUUUUCUGGUAAGCUUAUUCUUUAUUUAAUAAAUUUAUGUCGAAAAAGUGUAGUAGCUCCCGUAUCUUAUAUUACAGUAUAUAUAAAAAGCCUAAGCUUAAAUCUAACUUUGUGUUUAAGCUUAGUCUUAACUUUAAUUAUAAGUCUAAGCUUAAGCCUUAAUUGGAACUUUAACUAGGCCUAAGCCUAAGCCUAAGCCUAAGCCUAAGCCUAAGCCUAAGCCUAAAUCUAAGACUAAGCUUAAGCCUAAGCCGAAGCCGAAGCCGAAGCCUAAGCCUAAGCCUAAGCCUAAGCCUAAAUCUAAGACUAAGCUUAAGCCUAAGCCGAAGCCGAAGCCUAAGCCUAAGCCGAAGCCGAAGCCUAAGCCUAUGCCUAUGCCUAUGCCUAUGCCUAUGCCUAAGCCUAAGCCUAAGCCUAAGCCUAAGCCUAAGCCUAAGUCUAAGUCUAAGCCUAAGUCUAAGCCUAAGCCUAAGCCUGAGCCUAAGAUUAAGCCCAAGUCUAAGCCUAAGAAUAAGCCUACGCCUAAGCUGAAAUCUAAGAUUUAA